AUGAGGGCGGAACAGUGGUCCAGUGGUUUAGCGCUGUCACCUCACAGCAAGAGGGUCGUGGGUUCGAACCUUGGUCGUGCCAGGCCUUUAUAUGUGGAGUUUGCACAUGACAUGACCCUCCCUUUCAGGCAGCGUCUCUUCGCCGAACCAAACUCCCACCAAACUACAACGCAGCAGCUGCUGGAUGUAGAGAAAGCAGCAGCAGCACCCGGAGGCGGCAAGUCUUCUCCUCCCAAGUCCACGCAGAAGGAGAGCAGGCAGUUCAAGAGCAAGGCUCCCAAAGCUGGACAGAAGGGAUUUGAUGAUGGUCUGGGGAUGGAGGGCGUUGGAGAGGUCAUCUGCCCCUGGGAGGUGUUUGGUGACAUGGAGCUGAAUGAUCUGGCGCAGUUUGGCAUCGUUUAGGCCUUGUGCCAAAU